UGCGAAGUAACCACACUAUCCGGUAAAGCGUAAGGGCAUUAACCCGGAGAUUUCUCUCCGUCUCCUUUGAGCGGGAACUGCCCCAAAUCCAAAAGGGUUUCCGGGUGAUCGACAUGGAAGACGAUGCCGACGAGAGCGAAACCCUCUCCUCGAUCCUCUCCGAGCUCGAGUCUUCUCAUGGCUGCCGUGAUGAGGAAUCGCCCCUCUCUGAGAGCUCCAUCCUUGGCCUUCAGUCUCUCCUCGAUGCCGCACCCGACAAUGCCGUCGUUGUCUUCUGGGACCGACUCGCCGCUGGCGGACUUCCGGCGUCCGCCCUCCUUAGACCCCUCUCCUCCACCAUGGAAGACUCAUCCCCGCGCCUCUCACUCCUCGCUGCCCGGGCGUAUCUCUCCCUCCUCCUCUCCCCCGCUUCUCCUCUCUUCUCCCUCUUCACGCCCCUCGCCUUUCUGUCGCUCCUUCGCUCAAUCCGCCGUUCCCUUAAGUCACUUACGUUGUCAUCUCCUGCCUCCCCUGAACUCCCGCUGGACGCCUCGAACGGUCCUUCCGAUCGUCGGAGGAACGGCCGGAAGAGGAAACCUCCCCGUCCUGCUUGCCGCGCUUCAACGUUUCCAAUGGAUCAGGCCUCUGGCGUUCCUGACCUGCUUCCUCGCGUCCUUCAACUUCUCGACUCCGUACUCUGCCGUGUUCAGCUUGAUGGCACUGCUGAUGCCCUCAAACCAUUGGUUGAAACGUUGUCAGAAAUCCUUAGUUCCUCCUCCAGCCAUCACGGCCUGCAAGAUCUAUGUUUUCGUGUACUCUACAGUCUCGUUUCAAAGCCUGAGCAUGGAGAUCAGACGACUUCAGCUGCUGAGGUUUUGCGAUCGCUGGCGCCGAUACUCUUGUCUCCUGUGAAAUCACCAUCACGAGCCUCUGCAAUAGCUUUUAUCACCAAAAUGCUGGUGCCUCUGGGUUACGAGAAUGAUGCAGUGAGGAAAGCUCUGGUCUACUUGCCUAGGUUCUUAUCUAUAAAAGCGCCAGAAAAGUCAGAACCAAGAGCUUGCGCUGUUGAUUCCAUCAUGGAGAUUGUUCAGGCAAUGCAGGAAGAAGAUCGAGUAGGAUAUGCUGGGUUUGUGGUAAAGAUGACACAAGGGAAGUCUCAGCUAAGACUUUUGGCAGUAGACCUCAUUCUAUCACUUUUGACAUCUUCUCCCAAUUCUUUCGUGGUAAAGGAAUUGCCUCAAUAUUCGAAUGACAAUGCAUGGGGAGUGAAUUGUUUGAGAGCAUUAAUACAGAGAUGCUCAGAUUCAGCUACUGCAAUUAGAGCUCGAGCUUUAACAAACACUGCUCAAUUACUUGGCCUGUUAGCUGUAGAUUCAGAUAGUGCUUCUCAUUUAUGGGAUUUAAUAGGAAUGGGAAAAGUUAGCUUUAGUGACUUAUUGAGGAGUAGGUGUCAGGAUGAUAAGGCUGCAGUAAGGAAAGCAGCACUUCUUCUUGUCACAAAGUCAAUAAAAUUAUUUGGAAGGCCAGUUGAAGAAGUGCUCCUUAAGAUAUUGAGUUCAGCUUGCUCCGACCCUUUAGUCACAAUCCGGAAAGCUGCUAUUAUAGCUCUAUCAGAGGCUUGUAGGAUAUACCCUGAUGGCUCAGUAAUAACUCAAUGGCUUCAUUCUGUUCCUCGGUUGAUUGUUGAUAACAAAACAAGUAUCCAAGAAGAUUGUGAGAAUUUAUUUCAGGAAUUGGUCUUAGAUAGAAUUUCUCGAGCUUCAAAUUUGAACUUUGAAAAGGAUGCUACUAGUUUGGAGUCCUUAUUUCCUGAAGGUUUAUUUGAUUUGUUAAAAGGGACUUGUGACAGUGAAGUGGCCAUAUGCGUGAGAAAGAUAUGUGCAUGCCUUGGAAAGAAGAAAAAGAUCAAGGUGUCAGUUGUAACGUCACUUCAGAAUACAAUUAAAAUAUCAGAAUCCUUAUGGUUGAGCACUGGUAAGAGCAUAGAGAAGUGGACAGCCCCUCCUGGAACAUGGCAGUUGCUUUCUGUGGUGUCAUUGUUCACCCCCAAGGCUGUAGAAUGGGAAUUUCUCCAUCACCAUUGGCAUCUUCUUGACAAAGUUAUUGAAGAAGAACAUGGUAAAAACAACAUUGAUGAGGGAGGGGAGCCAAACUCUUUCAUGUGGGCAGGAGAUCGUGUUCACCUGUUGCAAACCAUUGCUAAUGUGUCCUUGGAGUUGCCUCCUGAGCCUGCUGCAGAGCUAGCUUGCAAUUUGCUAGACCGUCUCAAGAACUUCAAUAUGAACUUAAGUGAGGUUGAUGCUCAUGUAAAAGCUUUGAAAACUCUAUGCAAGAGAAAGGCUACAAGAGCUGAAGAGGGUGACAUCCUUGUAUUGAAAUGGGUGCAGCAGUUGCUUUCGAAAGCUCUAGAGAUUCUUGACAGUUAUGUAACUGAUGUGCAAGAAUCUUCCAAGAUGGACAGUUUCCUCACGCCACAGAAUAGAAGAAAAGGAACAAGAGAUGCUUCAAUCUCAAAGUUGACAUUGAAAGCAGUGACUGCUGCUUUUACUAUUGGAUCAUCAAUUAUAGUCUGCCCUUCUGCUAAUAUUCAUGGCAUUGUAGCUGUAUUGCACACUAUUAUAACAUCUGAAAAUUCUGAAACAAAGUCCAGGAAGCUUGUUGGGUCAACAAUUUCAUUUAAAGAGUUGGCUCUUCCUUUGUACAUUCAGUCAUGGGUGACAAUGGGAAAAAUGUGCCUUGUUGAUGAUAAAUUAGCAAAGCGUUAUAUUCCACUAUUUGUGCAGGAGUUGGAGAGAAGUGACAAUGCUGCUCUCCGCAACAACAUUAUGGUGGCAAUGACAGAUUUUUGUGUCCGAUACACUGCCCUAGUUGACUGUUACAUACACAAGAUCACUAUAUCAUUGCGUGAUUCCUGUGAAGUUGUGAGAAGGCAGACAUUCAUCUUACUUUCACAAUUAUUACAGAGAGAUUAUGUAAAAUGGAGAGGAGUCCUUUUCCUUCGAUUCUUGUUGUCUCUGGUUGACGAAUCUGCAAAGAUAAGACAUCUGGCUGAUUUCCUCUUUGGAAACAUCCUAAAGGCUAAGGCACCACUUCUUGCAUACAACAGUUUUGUUGAGGCAAUCUUUUUCCUAAAUGAUUGCAGCAUCCAUUCAUUCAACAAUGAAACUAAAGGCGGCUUGAAUAAUAUAUCUCAACUUUUUUCUAUCAGAGGCACUGAUGAGAAAUCAAGGUCACAGAGGAUGCAUAUAUAUGUUUCUUUGUUAAGACAGAUGGCGCCAGAGCACCUCUUGGCUACAUCAGCAAAGCUUUGUGCCGAGAUAUUGGCGGCUGCUUCUGAUGGCUUGCUUAAUAUUGAUGAUGUUGCUGGACUAUCUGUCCUCCGGGAUGCUUUAGAAAUUCUUGCUUGCAAAGAGAUGAGAAUCCAACCUAUUCGUGGUUCCGAUUCAUCUGAAAUGGAUGAUGAAGGAGGUGAGGGUGGUGGAAAUAUCAAUGCCGCCAGAUGUAGGGUGGUCACUCAAGUAGCCAAGAAAAACCUGAUCCAGAUAGCUAUCCCCAUCUUCAUUGAACUGAAACAACUACUUGAGUCCAAGAAUAGUCCUCUUACAGGCUGCCUUAUGGAAUGCCUCCGCGUCCUCCUCAAGGAUUACAAGAGUGAGAUUGACGAGAUCUUGGUUGCUGACAAGCAACUUCAGAAGGAGCUCCUCUAUGACAUCCAGAAAUACGAGGCAGCCAAGGCCAAAUCCACUGUCGCCGAAGCCAUUGCCAACGUGCAAAGAUCAGAAAGUUAUCGUUCACCACUGAACGGACAGAACUCUGCUGGCAUAUACACCAGAGUUGCAGAAAAGCUUGGAACACAAGGGAAGCUUGCUUCAGCCGUAGCAGAUGCAGCUGCCAAAGCUAAGGUGAUGUCAGUGCUCAAGGAGGCAAACCGCAAGACACCCACUCCUCUGCGUGCAAUGAGUGUGCCAAAGCUGAAGGAUACCCAAGGAAGCACCGGUGUGCUGAGCAGUAAGCGGCCACAGAGUGUACUGGAAUCGUUAAGACGAAGACAGUCUUUCGAAUCUGAUGAAGGGGAUUGAUCUUUAGUUUUAUCCUGGCAUUUACUCCAUAUUUGAGCUUGAACCUGAUUUCUUCAAUCACACUGCAACAAAAGUUGCUCAAUUUGUACCAUUUGGGAAGUUUCAGUCAUCUCUGUGGCUUCAUUUUAAGUCAUCUUCCCAGAGUCAUUGUGCUCAUAAUGAUGCUGUCACCGAGGUAGUUAAAGAUUUGUAAAAUUGAAGGAUCAAACUGAAGAAUACAACUCAAGUAAUUAUGCUCCUAGAAAAUGCUUUUUUGUCAACAUUUCCCCGCCUAUUCUACGUUGCAAAUUAAUUUAAGAUUUAGUUUCCAGUUAAAA